CCUCCUUCCACGUUCCUCGAGCAGCGCUCGUUUUCUGAACUGUUUACAGUUCACUCUCCCUCCGCCCUCGUAGACCUAGCGUCUCAACUCAAAUCGGCUGUCUGGACCGCACAGCAAAUCUUGAAGACUUACGAUCUCGACGACCAUGGUCAACUUUACGAUCCUUGCUGGAGGCUUCACUAGCUUCAUUGCUACCUAUGUUUUCGACACCGAUUCCGGAGCGCUCUCUUUGACGAAACAGAACCCAACGGGUGACAGCGUAUCAUGGAUCGCCUCUCAUUCCCAAGACCCAAGCAUCUUAUAUGCUGUCAAUGAGAUUGGGCCCGUCGGAAACCUUCAAUCGUUCCUAGUGGAUAGCCAGGGCGGAUUGACUCUUGUCGACACCGUGGCCACAGGUGGCAACGGCCCUACAUUCACGAACCCUCUGACCACAGGAGAAGUGUCAGCCAUGAAUUUCGGCUCCCCCAACGCUGCUUUCAUUGCCACAGACCCGCUAGAUCCCACCCGCUUCAUCCAAGACAAUCUAGCGUCUACUGUCGUCGAAUUCCCUGUCAACGGAGGCCCUUCCAACCCCCACCAGUCUGUUGAACACAACGGUGAAAUAUUCGUCCCUGACCUCGGAGCUGACAAGAUCUGGCGAGUGGCGAAGGAUGGCGAAACCUUCAGAGUACAAGGGCAGAUUGAUGUUGAACCCGGGAAUGGACCAAGGCACAUUGCGAUCCGAGACAAUUUGUUGUUCACCCUCAACGAGAAGACAUCGACACUCACCGUACAGCCUAUUCCAGAGGCUCCCAACGGCACCACACUCCCACUCAUCGCCAAUGUCUCUAUCGUCCCCACCCUCGAGCCCGGCUUCAACGGUUCCUUCUUCGCUGCUGAAAUCGUCAUUUCAGAACCGACAGAGGCCUUCCCCGAUCCCCUCAUCUAUGUCAGCAACCGCAAUCUCGGUCCUGAUAUCGACGAACGAGGCGACACCAUUGCCAUCUUCGAGUUCAAGUUCCCGUCCAACGGUAGCGACGAAACAGCACCCUCGCCAUCCUCGAGCGGCUCUCCAACUAGCAGCGUCCUGACUGGACCUGUUGUCGCCACCCUUCGACCCGCUCCUGUCGCGAAACGAAUGAUCAAGCAUCAUGCUCGCCAACGCACCGCCCAUGAACAGAUUCGCAGGCAAUAUGGCUAUGGUGGUUACGAUUAUGGUACCAACGCUCCUUCAUCAGACUCUUCACCAAGCCCUGCUGGGGUGACCAUGGCUGGAACUACGAUCACUCUGGUUGCAGCCCUCCCAUCCGCAACUCCCGUUGCCGAAACAACCGCUGAAGUGCCUGCCGAAGGUUCCCUUACGCUCGUUAAUCAGAUUUUCACAGGCCUCCAACAGAUCCGUAGCUUUGCUAUUGGAAAGGCUGCCGACGGUGGUGACGAGUUCUUGAUUGCAGGAGCCAACACUGAAGGAGGUGUCGCUGUUUUCCGACGGACAGAGGGUGGUCGUAACCUUGAGCUUGUCGCGCGCAACACCGAACUUCAGAGCAGAACCAGCUUCGUUUUCUUGUAGUUUGGGGGCUUUGUUAUCUAUUGGUUAGACAACUUUGGAAUUCACUUUCCUGAACAGGAGUUUCAUA